AAGAAAGAAAAAAAAAGAGAGCGUACUGGCAGUAACGAGAGCCGUAGUACAUUUGUUCGAUAGCAACUCUCAUUCCGGUUCAUUCGAUAUCGUCGUCCGAGGAUAGCGCCGUAGGUACUAGGCAGGUAGGUAGGUAGGUAUCUCUCACGAGCGCGCGCGCUCGCGCUCGCGCUCGCGUUAUACACCGGUAUUGGAAAAUAAUCCGAACAAUACGGCACGGAGCGUAUGUUUAAUGUAACUCUAUCCAAUAAUGCACGUCCUGGCCUAGGGCAACCGAGUGCCCCUCGUGCACGCUCGGCAAACACGACACGAAAGGUAGGGCUGAGGUGGGCACACAACCACGCGUUAUGACCUGACUCAUCCAUAAGAACAUUCCAUUUAUUACUUACAUUUUAAUCGCAUGAUCAAUCCGUGGGAGAUGAGCUUUUUCGCCAAAUUUCUUCUAAUUUUUUCUCAAUCUAAUCUAUCUCAAGACGGUCGGUCGUUCUUCGUGACGUUAUUCGCGGCGUCCUCCUAACCCCGAUCGUCAUUUCAGAACGCUUCGAUGAGCUCGUAUUUUUACGAUACACUAAUCACACUCAAAGCUAAACGAUGUCGAGGUAAGAAUAAAAAAGAUGGAUGUAUAAACAGCGGAUGUUCUUCUCUGCGUCGUAACAGAUCGUCGUAAACCACAAAGUAAUGGACAGACGGUUCCUCAUUUAGGCUUUCUCCUGCUUUGCGCAAAGAGAAAGAGAGCGAGCGAGUGAGCGAGAGAGAGAGAGAGAGAGAGAGAGAGAGAGAGAGAAAGAGAGGAUGAGAAAAGAGGGUCGGAAAGGGACGGGAGGAAAAGACUCGAGAGCGCUCAGGACUGCGGUGGAAACGGGGAAUGAGGGUGGUUUGUUGCGUAAGCCGAUUAGAGCAUCACGGCAGUCACUCCUAGUCCGUGCAGGCAGGAGGAAGGAGAUGCGUGGGUGGUGUACGAGCAGACCACGUUGAUGCUCCGCGAAAGGUGGAUUGGGAGGUUGAGCAGCGUGCAAGCCGAACAGUCAGGCAGAGACACAUUAAAAUCGCAUAAAAUAUGCAGACGCAUCCCUCGCUCUUUUCCACCACCGUUCCCCCUCCCCCUUCCAAUCGUACGUCCCAUAGCAUAGUACCCAUGUUCCCGAACUGCUUCUACGAAAGCACUCGCUUACAUCCGCAUUUCGCGUAUGCGAAAAGCUUACUCCAACCAAUCUCCUUUACCCUCUCCUCCAAACCCUUUAUCCUUUCUUUUUCUUUAUCAUUCUUUUUCUCUUCAAGACGCACACCACGUCCUUCCCCCAGGCCCAAGAAUAACGUUUAUUCGCAUUAUUAUGCAAAAUUGUCCAUCCUCUUAACGAUCGUACGGCACAAUCGAUUAACGACUAAACUUUUAGCAUUUACGUGCAUACACGGCUCCCUUCAUUCUCAAAAAGUGAUAAAUAAAACACGAUCGAUUCUUUUUAUUUCAACGUAUCGAAAGACCAUAGGAAUUUCACGAGACGCAUCGAACAAGAUAAGUUAGAUACGUCGCGGCGUAUUAUUAGUACGCAUUAUUAUUAUGAUGUGUCGUUAUCGAUGUUAUAGCCGGUUGUGCGCCCGAUAUUCAAUGAACGCGCGUCGUUUGAUUUAAUUCGACGCGCGAUAGUAAAUCGCCUAUCGGCAAUUUGUUUGUCGUUGACGCUUACUUUAAAAUAAAAAAGAAAAAAAAUAGCAAAAAAGUACUUUUAAAUAUUUCCCGUACAUUACGUUUUAUGCUCGCACGCUCGGAAUACGCCGAACAUUCUGCGGAGAUUAGCCGAAGCAGCGCGCAACACGUAGGAAAACGUUUUACGUCGUAUCAAAUAAUUAUUGGAAAUCCGUAUCGAUUGACCUCCAUCCUCGCGGCCCAAUACGCACAUUUUACAUACACAUACAUUGGGCAUAUUAGUUCGAAUAAUAUUUGCGGAUAAUAAUGGACUAUUGUACCACCUGUUUUCGUUCGUACGCCGGAAUGAUUACGCGAGAUAAGCUAUAUACGCCGAUGCCGAAUUAAUCCGACCGAAUCAAUGUCUGAACGUUUCGACCGCUAGCUUUUUUUCUCCCUUUUUGCUUUUUUUCCUUUUCUCUUUUUUUUUUUUUUUUUUUUUUUUCCUUUUUCUUUCUCCUUUUUCAAUCUCACUUUAUUGUCCUUCAUAAUUGUCAGAUUAAUCCUAAUUAAUACUAAUCAAUUAAAUUCUAAACGCGCGUCGGGCACUAACAAUCAUCCACGCUCGAACAAAUCCAUUUCUUUUUCUUUUCGCUAUUCCUCUGAUAAUAAUUGUCAAUGAUUGCGUCGAUUGUCGAGCUGUCGAGCUAUUCUUCGAGCGAGCAGGGUGGGGCAACGUCUUGAGUGCAUCUCAACAGCCUCUCGUCCAAUUACAGCGUGAUUGUCCGACCUUCGUCGGAUCCCACAGGGGUGCGGAUUAACUAACGGAAUCGACUGAUCCUCGUGCACGUAUAGCUUCACACGCGAGCACGCGACCUUCACGGACGAGUGACAUAUAUGAGCCGAUAUUAACGUAGGCCCAUCAUAAGCGAGGAAUUAUUUAUAAAGAUUAACCGGCCACGGGCUCGAUAUACUUAUAAUUAAGAGGAUCAACGGAUUAGGCAUCCAAAUGUCGCCUCGGGAAAGAAAUUUGGAAAAUAAUUAAGAAUAAAUACCCAUCUUUUAUAUAUCAGUUAUAUAUCAUUUUGGUAUACCUAUCGAAAGGAUAAAGCGCGAGUUCGUAAAUGCCUAUCCGUAUAAAGAAAAAUAAUCGAUCGAGCAAGAAAGGUAGGUAGAGUAUGAGAGGAGGUGGUAGACACGAAGCGUAGCGACAGCGUGAGAGAACAACGACGUGGAACGUUGCGUUAUGUGGGGACCCGGGUAUACAAUUAAAGGUAUCGAAUGCAACCGUAUAAUUGCGCACCUUAUCUUACGGUUCAAGCACGACCCCUCAAUCUCUUUUGCUCUCUCUCUCUCUCUCUCACACACACACACAUACACACACACACGCGCGCGCGCGCGCACGCACGCACGCACGCACGCACGCACAUACAUACACUCGCACGUUUUCUCUUUAUUCUCUUUUCGCUGCGCGAAGAACCGUUCCAGUUUAUUUUUCCAGGUAAUGCUUGAUCUGAAAUUCAUGAAAUAUCAUGUAUCAUAACUUAUGCGAAUGGGUUCGAUUUAUAUUUCCAAUAAAGAUGGAAUUUUCCGUUUGUAGCCCUACGCGUAUCGGGCUGAAAAGCGGAAAGAAAAGUAUUAUUUAAACGCGUAGUCCGUAGGAUUUCGUAAACAUUUCGAUGAAAUAUUAGACGAGAAAACGAACCUAGCUCUCACAGCUGGUAGGCAGCGUCUGGCCGCGUCUACCCAAGUCUACCCGUUUCGCGAGGGGCGUCGGGCGUUUAAACGAGCACGCGCCCGAACACGAAAGAGGGGAGGAUAAGCUAACCGACCAAUAGGAAUAAAGAUAGCAGUUAGCUCCCGGGCGGAGCAUAGGGAUAUACGAGACGUGGCACGAGCGUCCUUCUGUCAAACGGCGUCCGAUCGCCGAGGUAGAGGGUCGUGUCGUUCUCAUUUAAAUAGGUGGACUUUACGAAAAAAGAUCGACAGGUUGCCGAGACAGAUAAUUUGUUCGAUCGUCGGUGGGAUAAGAAAUUGUUGGAAAUAAUGGAGAAAACGGAGCUGCUCAAAUCACGAAGGAGAAGCGCGUCGUGAAAAUUCAUCAAGGACAAAAACGAGAAAAUACUCGAAAAAGGACAGAGAAGGGGGCAGGGAGAGAGAGAGAGAGAGAGAGAGAGAGAGAGAGAGAGAGAGAGAGAGAAUCUUGCGAAGGAAAAGGAAAAGCGCAUUUUUAAAAUGCUACAUAGUACUUUGCCUCGAGCAUUUCUCGCUCCUGGGCUCAAUUAUUUUGGUUAUUACGGGGAAGAAGUUCACCAUCCGUAUGCGGGACCAGGAACGAGCUGGCACAUUCCAACGGAUAACAUAGGGAGUACGUACGGCAGAAUUGCCGAACAGCAUCAGACUGUACUCCGCGGUUGGGAAUCUUCGAGGCCGUCCACACCUUGCCCAUUGGAUUUGUCCCUAAAAGCACCGGCUACGCCCAGUACACCAAGGACCAUCGAAGAUGCUAUCGAGGUAGACGACGAGGAAGAUAGGAGGAUUCGCGAGGAGGCCCAAAGACGAGCGGAAAACCAAAGAUAUCGAACGGACAGCGAGAGCGUGGAUCUACUGUUGAUCGAGGACACCGAGACCGAGCCUCAGCGUAGCUCGUCCGCUCACAGCCAGCGCAGUUACGACAGACAUUUAUCGGUAAAAGAAAGUGGCUUGCACGUUCAGGAAGCAUUCGAAAAGGCUCGUUUUCCAGACGAGACCAAUCGUGGAUUGCCACCCCCUUAUCCGAACAAUGACGCGAUCCAAAAGUAUCACCAAUUACAAAAUCAGAAACUAUUACUAAAUAGUCCGACUCGAUUGCAAUCCAUCCAGUCUUAUCAUCAGCAGCUUCUAUUGACUCCACAGCAUCAUCACUUUCAAAGUAUACACGCACCUAUGACCCCACCGAGCACACCCUCGCCACCGCAAUGUCCAAGAAGGAAGACCAGAGAGGAAGACGUUUCCUCGCCUUCGAAUUCUAUGGUCAACGUUAACGUUACGCCCCGACAAAACCUAUUAUCCGACAAGCCUACUCCAAGACCAAAGAAGAAGCACGCGAGAAGAUUGAAAUUCGACGAGGAUACGAGCAGUCCUGUUUCCGGAACGGUAAUAUUAGGACCGGACGAGGCAGUGGUUACCGGCGACAUUGAUCCAGCCUUCAAUAUCGUCGAAGUCACCGAAGAGGCACGCGCCGAACUGGCCAAGAUUGAAAAUCGACUGGGACCGUAUCAGUGCAAGCUUUGCCGGCAACUCCACGAGGAUGCCUUUCAAUUGGCCCAACACAGAUGCUCCAGAAUAGCUCACGUCGAGUACAAGUGUCCAGAGUGCGACAAGAGGUUCUCUUGUCCGGCUAAUCUUGCUUCCCAUCGACGUUGGCACAAGCCGAGAUUACCGAACGGAGAAUCGAUCGCUGGCACUUCGAAUUCAUCCGUGGCCACCACCAUGACCACCGAGAUACCUUGCACCAGAUGCGACGCCAAGUUUAAUCGACAGGCUGCUUUGAGAAAGCACAUGGUCAAUCAACAUCCGGAGAACGUUCUUAACGGCAACGGCAACGGCAACGGCAACGGCAACGGCAACGGCAACGGCAACGGCAACGGCAAUGGCAACGGCAAUGGCAACGGCGACAGCAAUAGCAACAGCAACAGCAAUAACAACAGCAACAGCAAGAACAUCAAGCUCGAUGAUGCAGAAGGUACAUCGAAAAUGGACACUAGCCAGCUCGGUGUACACACUCUUUCGAGCAAUGUGAUGCCCUGACACCAGUUUCCUGCUCGACCCCUACCUCGACGGCCCGGAUUUUAUUGGAGAUACGGCCUUGAUUUGUAAGACUCCUACUACUUCGCACUAUUACUUUGUACUAAUUCGUAAUAGUAGAACCUUCGUUCUACUACUUGAUACUACUUAACACUCCCCAAAAAGAUUUCAGCUUUUAGGUUAUCGGAAGAUUUUCGAAUAUGUGAGUACACAAUCAAAAUUCUCCUACUCGAUCUAUCAGUUCAUUAUUAUUUUACGUUUAAUGGGCGGUUUAUAGAUAAGGACUAAAAUAUAUCCUAAGUAGAAAAGGGAAAAGAAGAAGAAAAAGAUUGAAAAAAAAAAAAAAAAAAAAAAAAAAAAAAAAAAGAAAAAACGAAAAAAAAAGCGGAAAAAAAGAAACGA